AUGGACAAGACAGGGUUGUCGCAGAAAGGGUCAUUCACGCUCCUACUGCUGGCGUCAAGUCUGCUUCUGUGCAAGAGCACAGCACCCCUGCCCAUCUGCCCCAGUGGGGCUGUCAACUGCCAGGUGUCCCUCCGAGACCUGUUUGACCGCGCCGUCAUCCUGUCUCACUACAUCCAUAAACUCUCCUCAGAAAUGUUCAGCGAAUUUGACAAACGAUAUGCCCAGGGCCGGGGGUUCAUUACCAAGGCCAUCAACAGCUGCCACACUUCAUCCCUCUCUACCCCUGAGGACAAGGAGCAAGCCCAACAGAUCCGGCACGAAGACCUCCUGAACCUGGUCCUCGGGGUGCUGCGCUCCUGGAACGGCCCUCUCUACCACCUGGUCGCGGAAGUGCGCGGCAUGCGGGAGGCCCCCGAUGCCAUCCUGUCGAGAGCGAUAGAGAUCGAAGAACAGAACAAACGCCUCCUGGAGGGCAUGGAGAAGAUAGUCGGCCAGGUUCACCCUGGAGUGAAAGAAAACGAGGUCUCCUCCGUGUGGGCGGGACUGCCGUCCCUGCGGAUGGCCGAUGAGGACGCUCGCCUCUUCGCUUUUUAUAACCUGCUCCACUGCCUGCGCAGGGAUUCGCAUAAGAUCGACAACUACCUCAAGAUCCUGAAGUGCCGCAUAGUCCACAACAGCAACUGCUAA